AUGCAGACCAACAUGACAGAGGAAGCCCAAAAUGGACAUGGCAGCGACCCCAUGGACACCAUUUAUAAAGUGGAACAGAUCAACAAUGAGAUUCGUAAACUCUCUGUCAAUAAUGAAAUAAAGGACAAAUGGAAUGCCCCACCUAGAAGGGCGUCGAGCUCUGACAAAAGCGGCUCUACCAUCUUGUUCUCGCUUAAAAAUGAAGUUGGGGGACUUAUUAAGGCACUAAAAUUUUUCCAAGAUAAGCACGUGAACCUGGUGCAUAUAGAGUCUCGUAAAUCCAGAAGGAGGAAUUCGGAUUUUGAGAUUUUUGUCGACUGUGAUAGUGACCACGUUCAACUGAAAGAACUGACAAAACUUCUCAAAAGGCAUGCAGAAAUUGUGGACGUGUAUCCAUCCGAAUCUACUCUGACUGAAGAUGUGCCUGAAGGGCCCUGGUUUCCAAUAAAGAUCAGCGACUUGGAUCUCUGUGCAAAUAGGGUCCUGAUGUACGGCUCAGACUUGGACGCAGAUCACCCGGGUUUCAAAGACGUCAUAUACCGUAAAAGGAGGAAAUAUUUUGCUGAUUUAGCCAUGAACUACAAACAUGGGGAGCCUAUUCCGCACAUCGACUUCACAGACGAGGAGGUGCGCACCUGGGGAGUGGUGUUCAGCGCGCUCAAUAAGCUCUACCCCACUCACGCCUGCCAGGAGUAUCUGAAAAACCUGCCCCUGCUGACCAAACACUGCAACUACUCCGAGGACAACAUACCACAGCUGGAGGACGUCUCGCAAUUCCUCAAAGAGCAUUCGGGCUUCAUCAUUCGGCCUGUGGCGGGGUACCUCUCACCCAGAGACUUUCUGGCAGGUCUGGCCUUCAGAGUCUUCCACUGCACACAGUACAUCCGCCACAGCUCCGAGCCGCUCUACACCCCAGAGCCAGACACCUGCCAUGAGCUGCUGGGACACGUGCCUCUGCUGGCUGAGCCCAGCUUUGCUCAGUUCUCUCAGGAGAUCGGACUGGCUUCUCUGGGGGCCUGUGAUGACGCUGUGCAGAAACUGGCCACUUGCUACUUCUUCACUGUGGAAUUUGGUCUGUGUAAACAGAAUGGUGGGCUCAGGGCUUAUGGAGCUGGACUCCUCUCCUCGGGCAGUGAGCUUAAGCAUGCUUUGUCUGACCAGGCCAACAUCCUCCCGUUCGACCCCGCAGUGACCUGUAAUCAGGAGUGCAAGAUAACCACAUUCCAAGAUGUCUACUUUGUUUCAGAGAGCUUUGAGGAGGCAAAAGACAAAAUGAGGGAGUUUGCUAAGACCAUUCGCCGGCCCUUCUCACUGCGGUACAACCCGUAUACCCAGAGCGUGGAUGUGCUCAAAGACACAAGCAGCAUCAACAGCAUGGUGAAGGAUAUCCGGCACGAGCUGGAUAUUGUGGAGGACGCUUUGAACAGACUGAACAAGCAUCUGAGGGCGUGA